AGGGAGGUGGAGAAGAGAAGAUGUGUAGAGGACGUAGUAGACCAUGUUUGAUUGAUUCGUUUCGGUAUCAUAAUUAGACCUACGUAACAAAAAGAAAAUUUGAAUGCCGUAAAACAGAUGUCUCUCAUCAUGUCAAUAUGGACGGAUGGGAGAAAUCUUCGCCGAGCCGCUCAACAGAACAUUUAUUCUGUCAGGGUGGCUCCUGCACGCAUAACGACAGAUGGCCAGCGAGAGUGCCGACUUUCGGUCUCGAAAAGCAGGAGGGCCUCUUGGGAGAGGACAACAACGAAUACAGCAGGGCUGCUGUAGAAAUGUGGAGGAAAUUGAACUUCUGUGUUCGUGGUCAAAAAAACAGGGGUGACCAUCAACAAGAAUCAGGACGAGAAUACGCCGGAGCCCGCGAAAGAAUACGGCGGAAAUCGAGGUUUGAUGCGGCCAUGAGGAAAACUAGGGAUGAAGGGCUGCAAGUAGUGCAUUCCUCUAUUGACGUAACUGGGUUAUCAGGAGCACACCCGGAAAAUUCGGAAGAGACAUCAAACAAUCCAGCACUCUUUAUUCGAAGCCUUCAGGAGCAUUACUUGUCCUUCUUCGGAGCAGAUAGGUUAUUGCAGUGGUGGCAGUAUUUCUGGUGGCGCAGGAGAAGGAGAAGACGGCGGAUGUUGUCACAGAUCAAAAGAAUUAUAGGUCCUCUACGGGUGUCAGGAACGGCAUCAUCAGGGAUACACACAUACAAGAAGCGGACACUAGAACCACCAACAACACAAGCUCCAAGGGCAGUCCUCGGACUCCUUCUCUUCAUCUUCAUGAUGCUGCUUUUUCUGGCAUCGACUACUCUUUCUUCUCCACUUGGUCUUAGUACGAUCCCUCUACUAGGAGCCAACGCUGAAAAACUACCUCCACCUGAGUUGCUUUUCAGCAGUAGGGGCCAGAUACGACUCCGCGUGGCUCCACCUGACGUGCAAACCUCUCUAGGCGGUACUUCAAGCUAUUGUCAGUUAUUGCGGGAUGAUGGCAAAGGUUCUCCGUUGUCCAUUCUCGCUCAUAAUGGAACCUGUAACGAAGAAGUGGCGCUGUUUGACCUGGAGGUGGAUCGGAACUACAGGUUUCAGACAAGGUUGAAGGAAGCAGACGAUGGUGCUGGGACUUCACCUUCUAGUAGUACUACUACUUUUUCCGGCACCAAAACCGAUAACGGCACAACUUUGAACAGCAAUGUGAUUAGUUACGCUUCUGCGGGUACACCGCGAUUUCCUGCGGCGUUUCGGCCGAAACUUUCGAAGAUAGGCAGUAGCGACGUCGCUCUCUCUUGGAUCUCGCCGAACGAUAUGGGAUCGCCGUUGUUGGGAUUUGUAGUAGCCUACACGAGUGGAGACCAUCAGGAUGAGAGUCGUUGGCGAAAAAUUCUAGACGACCCAGAAGACCCAAACAUCUUCUCAUUCAAUAUUCGCGACCUAGACUUCCGCUUAUUGCAUAGGUUUAGGGUACAUGGACGGAACAGAGUGGGUCUAGGUUCGCCCAGUUCGGAAACGAGCAUACAACUGAGCAGAUUGCAGGUACUUACUUGAUUGUGACGGGAUGGGGAAAAAACUGAAACGGUACUUCUUGUUCUGUAUCAGCCCGAUUAUGUUUCUAGCAUGAUCAAAUUGAAACCCAAAAUUUAUUACCAGGUCGCCCCCAGCAGUCGCGCCCUCCAGUUCCCACGCGUUGUACCACUAGCUAACUCCGCCUUUGAGACUAUUCUCCAGGGUGUAGACCCUCACUCUGGCUACGACGACGCAGUUGGGGGACGCUUGUUUUUGAUGCAGAUUCGGAAUCCCUGUGAUCUCGAUCCCAGUGAUAGACAAGCUUGUCGUGACAUCGCUUUUACUGGUGGGGAUCCUUUCGCGACAACGUUUCCGAGUGCUGCAGUCUUCUCAAGUAGUGCUACGACGUCUUCUUCAGCCUUGACAACUACCUUAGCGAAGCCAGCUUGCUGUUUCGUUGCGGAAGACAGAGGUGACGGCACUUACAGAAUCGAAGCUAAGGUUCCGCAAAAAGGCAGAUUCACUGCUGCAGUGCAAUCACUGGAGGUGGGCGGAUUGUGGGCUCAGUAUUGGGACAAUCAGUGGCGACAGGGUUUGCCUGUGCUUGAGAAGCAGGAAAUCGUAGAUUUCCAAUGGGGUGAGGGACCGGUGAUUCAGGCGUCCAGCGCGAAUACAAGCAGCGGAAAUGCGGGAGUUGUAGUCCGGAAAGCGGACUCUGUCGUGGACUUUGUCAGUGUCAAAUGGAGCGGCUACCUGGUACCGCAGUAUACGCAAAGAUACACGUUCAGCGUAGAGGCGGACGACGGGGUGCAGUUGUGGGUGGACAACACGUUGAUUAUUGACAAAUGGGCCUCUACGAGUGGCGAUUUUAGUGGCGCAGUGUCUUUGACUGCGAAUCGGUUUGUGCCGAUUGAGCUGGUGUAUCGCGAAGUCUUCGGGAAAGCCUCUUGCCGCUUGUUCUACAGUGCUUUCUCUGUCCCCAGGCAGAUCAUUCCCGGCGAUAGACUCUAUCGUGCAGCUUGGAUCGAAGGCUUUCCUACGUUUUUGCAAGUCCAAGCUGAACUGAUCGAACGAGGAUACGAGAACGCUACUGAUGGCUACACAACUAGCGAAUUACUGGAAGCCUCGAGUCUAGACACGUCACCUGCGCAGAGUCUCGUUUUUGGUCCCGUGAUCGAGUCUGGCGUUGCCCUAGCUGGCGAAGAAAACGUCUUUUUCAUCCAAGCUCGUGACCGACUGGGUUUCAAUCGAUCCACGGUUUUGGACGCGUGGGAAGUGAAACUAGAACACACAAGCAAUCCGGAUUUGGCCAUAUUUCCACUGGUUAAGCCGUAUCCUUCUGCGGACAGGGAAACGGGGACUUAUCGAGUGAGCUUCUCCUCUCUGACUGUGAUGGGCACUUACAAGCUUAGUGUGCGCAUACACGGAGCGAUGUUGGCUUUGUUUCCGAUGGACGUCGAAGGCCUAGCAGGAGUGCCGGAUUUGGAGUCGAGUCAAGCGGAAGGCAAUGCCACACAAACCUUCUUCGCGGGUGUGGAAACGUCAUUUGAGCUGAUUGUCCGAGACAGAUUUGGGAAUGCGGUGACCGAUGCGAACUUGCCGAUUGAUUAUGGCUUCUAAUGACUAAAUGAUCGCUGUGUAAGAAUGAUGAGUGUUUGUCCUAUUUUCAGUGCAGUAAGGUAAUUGCCGAGUUAAUAAUCUAGCUGCACAUCUCGACGUCUAAUCUUCGGUGGCUCUGCAUUGGGAAGGCUAUACUGCUGGAUCUGCCUACUUCGAUGGUUUUGCUGUUUCAGAUGUCGAACUGCUCAAUUCUGAGUUUGGUCGGCAUUUCUUCGGUCGUGCUGUCUACGCUUCUGCCGGGAAAUAUCUCGUAACCUACACUGCUCUGCGCGCCGGUCGCAACAAGAUGUACGUCAAGAUUCGAGGAACUAACGUCCGUGGAUCGCCGUUUGCUGUUACUGGAUAUGCUCAAAGAGACGUGAAAACCGGCAAAGAAGUUCCCUACGGCCCACGGUGUAAGAUCGUGUCUGGACAGCCGCCGACUACAUGGCGUGCUGGAUCAUUUAAGGACAUGAUGGUGCAAUUACGCGACGCUUUCGGCAAUCCACUUUCGACUCCUCUCGCUCUGCGACCGAACAUCCGAAUUUUCACGAUUCCCACGAGCAGUCGAGAAGACUACUUCGAGUGCAGAACCUAUUUGGGUUGUGAUGCAGAUUUCACCGAAUUUCCGACGAUCUGGAACAAACCUGGGCAUUUUUGUACUCAAGUAAGAGGUGUGUAUGAAUGUUCUAUGCAGCCAACGUUCGCGAGCUUGGGAAACGACAGGUACAUCGACAUCCAAGUUUUGAACAACUCGAUCUCGCAAGUCGAGGCUCCGCCACCGCUGAACAACACAGUCGUGACGAUGCUGCCAGUUCCGAUCCACAUUUCACCGGGUCCAGUGAGUCCAAUCAAGUCCGAGGUGCUGAACUUGCCGAGGAAUUUUAGUUAUGCUAUUGAUUGGUUUCAUAUGGUUUCCUAUUGAUAUUGAUUUAUUUCUAUUUGUGAGAAAAAUACUUAGACUGUAGGUACGGUUUCAUUUAUUGAUUUAUAAUUUGUGAGAAAAAUACUUAGACUGUACAGGUACUUCUUUUUCAAGCGCUUGGAUCAUUUUUCGAUGGAUCUAGUAUAAUGAAUGUCGUAAUAAUAUUCACCUUCUUUAAUCCCCAGCUGGCGAAGGAGUAAUUGCCCUGAUCCAAUGGCGCGACGCUUACGGAAACAAUCUGGUCGAUCCACCGACUCUACUCGAUUUCCAGUUGAAGAUGAGCGGUGAAGCUCUUGCUUACACUGAUAACUUCAACGGAACCUACACUAUUGUGGCACGUAGUACGUCAGCGGGACAGAACAAUGAGUUGGAGGCGAAAGUGAUAGGUGAGCAUCUGAAAGACUCGCCUUUGAGUGGCUUGAACGUCGUGCCUGGACCAGCAAGCGCAGCAGGUAGUUCCUGCCAAGUGCCAAAGGCGUUUCCGGUCGGUGUAGCGACGAACGUGGGGUGUAACACGAACGACGAAUUCAACAACCCGAUUUCUUAUGGCGUUUGAUGAUCAACCAUUGAAUGAAUCUAGCUAAGUUGACAGUAGGUUCUUGUAGCGGCGGCAGUAUAAAAAAUGUUCUGCCUGUGAUUUCUGCUCUAUCAAAUUCAAACAACCGAAAUCGCGAAGCUUCUAAUCCUCAGAACUCGAUCUCCUGAUCUACGCUGAAGCUGUUUCUCAAACCGUCGGUGGUGAAACUGUCCGCGCCAACGGCGCCUACGACCGCAUCACCAAGCGCUAUCAAAUGCCUGUGCAGAUUACCGAAAUUGGAAAUUUUUCCAUGGUUGUCCGCUUAGAAGCUCGUGGCGGCUUGAUUGCCCAGUACUAUCGCGCUCAGGGUUUCCAGUCGAUGAUUUCCAAGUUUACCGACUUGAACCACGUUGGUGAAAUGGUCACUGAAUAUACAAAGAUUGAUCCGACAGUGAAUUUCGUGUGGCCAGGCAGUCCGAUUGCUGAGGGUACUGAAGAUUUCUUCUCGAUUCGAUGGUCGGGGAUGUUAUUGCCAAAAGUGAGCGGCGAACACUAUUUCCGCAUUGAGUCUGACUACGCUUGUGCGAUUCUGAUCAAUGGACGACGAGUGAUUGACAAGUGGGACGUAGAUGUUCCGGUGGCGGAAUCGGUGACCAUUCCAGAAGGCGAAUUGAUUGCGAAUGUGCAUGUGCCUUUUGAGAUUUGGUACGCGCACACGACCGGCACAGCGUAUGCACGCGUGUUUUGGCGCACUGGCUCGUUCGCAGAGCAAAUCAUUCCACCUGAGAACUUGAUCUACCCGCUGAACAUUUUGCCUGAGAACCGAAUCGCCCCUUCGACACCAGCCGAAGCCAGCACCAUGUCUUUGCUGUGUAAAGGCAUCCGAUUGAGCAAUUACUACGACGAAGUAGUGAAAAAAAACGUUUAUCGGUGUGAAGAGGACGUCACUGAGGCGAUGACGGCAGUCGUAAACAAGUUCUAUUUUCACACGUUGGAUCAGUUCGGAAACCCUCGUUACAACGCAGCAGGAGUCAACGUGGCUGGGGAAGUUUUGACCGAUCCACCAACGCCCAUGACCUUCCAACACGUGCAGGAUACUGGGUAUUACACGGCCGAGUUCACGCCCACAAGGGCCGGGAGCUACAGCAUGAAGGUUUUAGUGGGGAACGGCUUCUUAGCGACGCGGACGGAGCAAACCGUGAACGUGCUGAUCCGGCCGGGUCAGCCGAGUCCAGUCCACAGUUUGGUAGAGGGUGAGGGUCUAGCGAACGCGAUGGCAGGCGUUUGGAGCGGAUUUAACGUCACUUUGCGCGAUGAGAACGGCAACCCAACGGGUGUCUCGGAAGGCCAAGAUGUUGGCUCGAACUUGCCGGAUGUCACGUGCUUAGACAUUAGUGGAGAGGGGAAGUUCGAGUGCAGAUACAACAUUCAGACGGCGGGCAUCUACGAGAUGAAGGUGUUGGUCAAUGGCGUCAACGUUUUGGCGCUGCAACCGGGUAUCUACACGUUGUUCGUUCGAUCACGCGUGAUUGAUCCAGGCAGCGGGAUUUUGUAUCCGUUCAAGCACACGCAGAUGUACACGGAGAUUCGACGCGACACGGAGAAUGUGGUCAUCUUCAACGCCGCAGAUGAGUACGGCAACGCGGUGACGAGCUCGGAGACUACAGAGCUGGAGAUCGUUUGCGAAACGUUUGGACCGAGGACACUGCGAUCUCAGUUGAACGAAGACAUUCUGUACCUGAAAGUAGCCCAGAUCCCCAAUUACGCCGGAAUGUACCGGCUGAACAUCCAGGUUCCCGCCGACCGACCACUCGGAAAAUAUCAGCUAGACUGCUUCAUCGUGAAGAAAGGUGGGGUCAAUUCGGCGUACUACAACGACAUCUGGUUGCAGGGGAACUACAGCUCCAGGAUCGUGGACAACAUGAUCGAUUUCCAAUGGUUGAUGGGUCGCGUCACGGCGAACAGCAGUGACGUAGUCGGUGCGCAGUUCAAUGCUUACCUGAAAGCUCCGACCCAAGGCGUUUACACGUUUUACCUAACUGUCGACGACGUGUGCAAGAUCUGGAUGGAUGGCGUGAUCACUAUGGACACCUACGCCCCAGGCGUGUGGACCAUUCCAGGUCAGUUCUUGACUCAACAAAAGCUCUACGCUCUACAUGCGAUGUACCGUGAUUACCGGGACAACGCGCGGUUGAAACUAGAGUGGGAGUGCGCCGAGUGCGGUUUGGAAAGACAAGUAGUGCCGCAAUCUGCUUUCUACCAUUCGCGAUUGCGUUUGGCGAACUUCCCGAGGAAAUUUUCGGUCUGGGACUGUCCUGGUAGGCCAGACGCUUUCUACAGGGACAAGCCAUCGGUCGCAGGGGAAGUACGACUACGUUGGAUUCCACCACUGGAGAACGGCGCAAAAGCGAUCACGGGUUUUCGUGUCUACCGGAACGGCGGGAAUGGAGAUGCGGCGAACAUCUUGCUGUACGAAACUGCGGACCACUUGGCUAAUGGCUACACCGACAGUGGUUUGGAUAGUACGAGGAUUUACAAGUACGCGAUUGUAUCGAGAAACGACGGUUGCGACAGUGACCCUUACGAGAUCGAAGUGCAACCUACGACAGCACCAGGAGUCCCGAACCCACCUGAGUUCUUCAACACCAGUUCCGAACUCGGCAUGAUCACUUUGAAACUGAGUGCUCCUCUAGACUUAGGCGGCGCUCAAGCGUGGCAUUACGAGUUGCAGCAUAACAACGGCCACGACGGACCUGCCAGUGGUUACAGAACCAUUUUUGGCAGUGUGGAUUUCGACCAAAUUACUAACGUCGAAGUUGCUACAAAACUAGAGUUGAAGAACCUAGUACGUGGCCGCAUUUACAAGCUCCGGAAUCGCUUUGCGACGAUAGUAGAUUGGACACCUUGGUCAGCGGAAGUCUCGAUUCUCUGCUGCGAAUUGAUACCUCCGCAAGCGAGAGUCACGGGUUUGAGGCGGUCUAAAGUUCUGCCGAACAACGCAAAUACGCUGUCUGUAGAGUGGGACGUGGUGGAUGCAUCGAAAACAAGUCCUGAGAUUUUAGGGAGUAGUAACAUCAUCGGCUACAAGGUCUACAUGUUGAGAUCUACGAAGAAAGUGGUUGGACCAGCUGCUGCACCUACUAUUGGGUUCAACGAGGUGGAGGAAACCUUUGAGACCCCUUCUGUGGAUGUGAAUUUCUACACUGCGACGAAUCUGGUGGCUGUGUUCACGCCACCGCUUGUCGAAUCCUAUGCGUUUCAAGUAGCUGCUUGCAACGUCGCGGGGUGUGGACCACGUAGCGAAAGGAUAGCAUUAGCAGCUGUGGAUGUCCUGUCCAGUCCAGGUUGGGACACGAGUACUCCAGUUCGUUUUCAAUCGCCUGAGUCGAUCGUCUUCGCUUUUCGUCCGCCGAUGCAGUAUCCAGCAGGUACUACGUUUUCUGCAACGGCUACUCCAACUUGGCCAGCUCCGGAUCCGGCUUUGCUCGCUCGCGGUUUCAACAUCUUGUGCGACGACGGUCUUGGAGGACCUAUCACCAACGUGAUCGAGUACAACGCGCCGCCGACGACUUCUGUGGUGAAUUUCACUGGUUAUCGCGUCAUCACAGACAGCAAUCUGAACAAGGUUCUUCCUCUCGAGGUCAAAGAAGGUCCAGUCUUCAGCGACUUCUUUCCGAUUGUAAGAGGCAGAGAAUACCGAUUCCACGUAACAGCUUUGAACCGUGCUGGUGAGAGUACGACUACUAGCGUGCCAUUGGAGGUAGUGGCUGCGACGAAGGCGUUGAGAAUGAAGCCGCCACGUGCGAUUCCAGAAAAUACCACUUUUGAGCAAAUCGCGUUGAUUUGGGAACCUCCAGACGAUGGCGGAAGCCCUAUUACAUCCUAUGAGCUGGAACGAUCUCUAGAUCUAGGGUUUACCUGGACUUCAAUAGCCGACGGACUAGGCACAAACCUAACUUUCACAGAUGACAACGUAAAUGCGAGUCAGCAAUACUACUAUCGAGUGCGGGCUUUGAACGAAAUUACCACAGGUGAGGACCAGUUGUUUUCAAAUGCGGCAGAGUUAGUGGCUGCACCAGUCCCUAGUACGCCACUUGUUUGUGAGCUAGUGCGGGAGACGCCAGAUGAAUUCUGCCAUUUUUCUGCACGUGGCAGUAGUCGUGACACGAUUGAGCUAGCGUUUCGAGCACCGACCAGUGCAGCACCAGUGCGCAAGUUCACCAUCUUUGCAAACGGAGAACAGGUUUUUGAAUCCGACGCUGGUCAUCGCAACUUCACCUUGAGAAAUUGCGAAUUCGGCAUGAUUUACGAGUUCGAACUCCUUGUCACCUCGUAUGCCGGUGCCAGUGCACGCAGUGAAAAAUUGAAGAAAACGUGUGUGCCUCCACCAGCUGCUCCAGCGCAACCACGACUGCACAACUCCGGUCGUGAAGUCGUUACCAUCACCUGGGAUCCGCCGCUUGAUGACGGCGGUGCUCCGAUCGCAGGCUACGUGGUAGAGCGGUCCAUUGCACAAAGAGGAGAGAUCGACAAAGCUGGCAUCAUGUACGAGAUCGACUCUUUGAAUAAAAAAGGUCCUGGCCUGAACUGGGAAAUCGUCCACUGCAUGAAGAAGCGCACACCGAGGAACGUCUUAGAUCGCAGUCCCGGCUACGAGAAGGAUGAGCGGGAGUAUUUUGGCGAUUUCGUUCCUGGGAAUUACAAUACCUGUGCGGAUGACAAGGUCUCAACAAAUUGCGGCAAAGACGGGAUCUGUUGGCACAGGGUAAGAGCGGCUAAUGGAGUAGACGCUAGCAACGUGGGACCGGCAAGUGGCUACCUCGAAACGAGAGCUGCGGAUCCGCCUAGUCCGCCUACUCUGAGGGCGAUAAAACGUGUAGACAAUGCGCGUAGUCCGACUGAGAUCGAGAUCGCCUGGGAUCCGCCUCUGGAGAAUGGGGGUGACACCGUUUCCGGUUAUCGCGUCUACUGCUCAGACGGCUUGCCGGACACUGUGCCCUACUUGAAAUACGAAUCUGACAACGCUUUUGUGAGGCGUCACAAACUGCAGAACCUGAUUCCUGGUAGGAUGUACAAAGUGCAGAUUGCGGCAGUGAGUCGCGCUGGCGCGGGACCAAGAUCUGCAGUAGCGGAAUUCUUCGCAGGCGUGCCACCUCUGAAGCCAGCCAAGCCGUUUGUGCUCAAAGCAGAACGCACAGCAAUCACCAUUGGUUGGACUCGACCCAGGUCUCCAGGUGAUUCGCCCUUGACGCGCUACACAAUCUACUUCUCCGACGGGUUGAACACUACAGCGAAGUUGCUGGAUCGUUGUGAUAUCUGCAAUCCAGACGUGCUGGCCUACCGAGUGCCCGACUUGUUACCCGGUAGGGAAUACAAGUUUCAGAUCGAAGCUCAUGGGAGAUGUGCAAGUACUGAGUUCGCCUUACCGGAGCCACCUUUGCAGCCGAAAGACGCGCCGAAGUGUCCUGUUGGCGUCUUUUGUUCCCUACCGUCUGAGAAAUCGGAUAUUCUGAAGGUGUUUGCAGCUGAACCGCCACCGGCGAUUCAGCACUUGGAGAUCGAGUCUGGCAGCUAUCGUGUGCAUUCUUACUUCGACAAGACACGGUUUUUCACGAGACGCGAGUAUGACGCUGUAGGAAGGGAAGAAUUGAGCACAGCAACCAGAGUAGGCAUUUCUAAUCCUUCGGAAGUCACCUCACCAUUGUCGGAACAGAAUCGCAGAGAGCCCGAGAUUUCUGUAGUUUUGCGAUGGCAAAUGCCUCACAUCGUCGAAGAAGAUAUUGCGGUGGAAGAAUUUAGGAUUUUCCGGGAUGAAGGUGUAGGCAGACCAGAACACUUUACGGAAGUUGAUAUCAUUCGAAACGGCGCUGGAAGAAACGUCGACUUGAAUUCUACUACCUGCACAAAAUACGGCCAAUGCGAUUGGAUCCCUGAAAAGCGAGACUACGGACUUUUAGUUGGUGGACCGUCGAAAUCAUCAAUCAGAGAUCCACAAGUUACGACGAUCGAACAGAAGCAUUUCUCACAAAUGGAGUACCUCGUUUCGAAUUUGACGUUCGGACGCGCUUACAUCUUCUUCGUGCAAGCUUGUAAUGCUGUUGGGUGUAGGAACAGCACAAGACUUGGACCGAUCGUAGCUGCAUUGCCACCAGCGGCCCCACCAGAACCGAAGUUGCGGUCGGCUGCUGCAUCGCCAGUGCCUUACUUGGACGUCUUUUUCGGUCCGCCUGCACAUAACGGAGGUUCUCCGAUCGUCUACAUGGAAAUUUGGCGCGACGAUGGCUUAGGUGGCGACUUCAACUUGUGGUUUACUACGAGGAACAGAGAACUGGGCACCGACAAUGGCACAGACAUCAGCUACUUCGGCAACGUGACCUCCGAUGGCGGUCCGGCCACUGCCGGACACAAAGUAGACGUCGAUGUAGUUGCUGGUCGCACCUACCGAUACAAGAGCAAGGCGAUAAAUUUGAUGGGUGAGAGUCCUUCGAGUGAUGUCGCAGCUUUCUUGGUCGCAAGUCCACCAGCCAAGCCUCCGACACCACACUUGGUGGCGAGAACUAAGGACUCACUGCUUGUUCGUUGGAACUGGACCAGGAGCAUCGUCAACGAAUACGAACUGAAUGUCAGUACAGUUGAGCAGAUGAACGCAACGAAUCACACGACUUUAGUUGAAGUGCGAUCUUACGUCUUGCUCCCUGACCCCGCUACGUCCGAUCAUCUAGCGACAAACGGCACGCCAGCUUACGAGAUGCAUGACGCCAAUACUCUGGAUGUGUUGGCAUGCACCUUGUACAGGGACGACGGCUACGGCGGUCCGAUGCUACCUGUCUACCGCGGUCCAGGAACCGAAUUCUUAUCGACUCUGUUAGCCACAUUCCGCAAUUACAAGUUUCAAGUGUCUUGUAGUAAUCGCGCAGGCGAAUCCGAACUCUCCGACCCAGCUUUGUUUGCGCCGAUUGGAGCUUCUGGGGUUUUGCUACAGCCUGAAUUGCUCUCAGUCGGCUGUGCAGACCGUGUAGGAAAUCCGGAUGCAAGUGGUUUCAUCCGUUUUCGGUGGCGUGCACCGGAGGAGAACGGUGGUUGUGCGAUCGAGAGGUACCAAGUGCUACAGAAUUGGCGCGUGCAAGCUGAAGUUGACGGCACUGUGUUUGAACUGGAAGCCACGAAUCUGAAGUGCAACAGUCGACCGGCUUUCAGCGUGCGAGCCAGGAACUGUCUUGGCGGAUUCACAGGUGACAGCGUGCCUCUGCAAGUUCCGAUUAGUGAGCGACCUGGUGUGGUGAAAAACUUGAGGGCGCAGAUGCAUCCUAGUGAGAAGAACGCGAUUUUGUACCAGUGGGACGCUGUGGAGUUCGACAAAGCGGUCGAUGCUGCUAUUGUCGGCUACGAACUGUGGCAAGACGACGGGCUACGAGGCACAUUCCAAAUGGUCUACGACGGUUACAAACGACCAGAACAGCUGAAGUACGUGAGUCGCGAUCUAGUCCCGAGACGCAUCUACCGCGCUUACGUAGUCGCCCGUAGCACAGUACAGGGCGACGGAUUAGUGCAUUUCCCGGAAUCGGUUGGGCAGCAAUCUUUGCCUUCUGCUGUCGUCUCCACGAUCGUCAGUCGCACCCCAAGUGCGCCAUUGAAUUUGCAAGUGAGGCCCGCGAUGGUGAACGGCGAAGCUAGCGACUCAGCAGUGCAAUUGACAUGGAUGCGACCGUUGAAUGCGGGGGGCGAACCAGUCCUGAACUACGAGAUUCAAUACGCUUCGGAGAAAGACAACUUCCUGAAAUGGACCACCGUCACCGGACCUAUGCGCGACAACGACGAAGAAAGCACACAAAUCUCAAACCUUGAAAAAUCUCUAGUCCACCAAUUCCGCGUAGCAGCUCAAAAUGCCAAAGGUUUGUCGCCUUACUCGGAGAUUGUCUCGAUGAUCGUCGGCACACCGCCACUGGUUGCUCCUCAGAACUUGCGCGUAGUAGCCAGACAGGAGGAUGCUUUGAUCUGGCGUUGGGACCCUGUUGGAGAACCUCAAUUGUGGGGCACGCCUCGUGGGCCGUUCGAUUACUAUGCUGGAGUGGCUGUAGAUGCCCUAGACGAGAGUAGCUACGAGGAAACGAGGAAUUCCCUAGUAGCGAAUCGUAGUGCGGCAUUGAGAGCACAGAAGAAAUACUUGUACGGUGGCGCGGCGCUUGAGGGUUACGUAUUGUACAUGGACGGUGGCAGGAAUGACGGUUUUCGACCAAUCUACGACGGUUACGGUGCGCCAAGUGUCACUUACUUCGUCGUGACCAACAUCAGCCGAGGCUUGACCUACCGUGCUCGCGUGGCAGCAGUGAACGCGAUCGGCGAAGGACCGUGGUCAGGUGUGGCGAGCUCAAUCGCUGCUAUUCCGCCUUCGAAACCUCUAGGAUUGAGAAUUGCAUCUUCGAAUCCAACUACUAUCAGAGUUGGCUGGAACCGACCAGACGAUGACGGCGGAUCGAGGCUAGUGUCCUACAAGCUAGAACGAGACAGUGGCAGAGGCUGGGAAGUUUUGCAAAUCGUCAAUGCUACGAUUCGAAAAUGGAUCGACAAAGGUCAGGAAAUCUUUGAUUCUGGUGCAGCAUUCGGCCUUGCUCCCACAACAAAGACAGCAACUCUUGUUCCGGGUCUGGUCACCGGCAAAGCGUAUCAGUAUCGUGUUGCAGCGAAGGCGAUCGCGAACUCAGCGUAUGGAUCGUACAGCGACGUUGUGACGGGUUAUGCGGCAGCGCUUCCUAUGGUGCCGACGCAUUUGCAAUUUCCGAACUACACGCGGUUCGUCGAGUCAGGCGACAAGGGACCGGAGCCUAACACGCGAACUAGUGUCGCAGUCACGUGGCGUGCCGCGACUGACGAGUCUACUCUAGUCGGCACCGAACUUUUGCACUAUCGUGUCGAAAUCGAUGAUGGUUUAGGCGGUACGUUUUACAUCGCGAAACACACUCGCGACACUUUCGCUUACAUCAGCGGCUUGCAGUCAGCGCGUGAAUAUCGCAUCCGUGUUGCAGGUGAAAACGUCGUUGGUUUAGGCCCUUAUACGACGGCCGUGACGCAGCGUGCUGCCACGGUCCCUGGGCAGAUGGAGCCGCCGUAUGCCAACUCGGUUUUGCCCUACGAUCCCGACAAUCCACAAUUAAAGAUCGCAUGGGACCCUCCUAGAGACAAUGGUGGCGCAGAUAUAGAGGGCUACAGAGUCUUCUUCGACGAAGCUGAGUCCUGUCCGAAGUACGACGGACGCGUCGCUUCGCAGUUGAGAUUUGCGAUUGUGAAGUGCACGCCAGGCACGCAGUACAGCAUUACGGUGGUUGCGAGGAACUCUGUUGGCUACGGGCCACCCAGUGCGCCGACAACACGGGUUUGCGGGUCUGAGCCAAGUAGCCCUUACAACGUGCGGUUGAAGCGGGUUACACCAGUCAGGGCCAUUGACAUGAUCGACACCAGGCAGCCCAACUCGCUCACCUUGAUCUGGGAUCCUCCUCGAACAGCUGGCGGCACUCCAGUUUUGAAAUACACGGUUUACCGUGAUCAGGGCAAUGGAGACGAAGAGUAUCAACGGGUUUGCGAGGUGGUUUUCACGGAAUGUGUAGUAAUCGGUUUGAUCAAUGGUCGGACGUACAAGUUGUACGUCGUCGCGGAGAAUGCAGUAGGGAUUAGUCCGAUAAGCGCUAUCUACGUCGCGGAGAUGAAAUGCACUCCUCUAGCGGCUUUCUCAGCCCCAGUCGUGAAAACGAGUGCGGAAACCCAAAUCACCAUGAAAUGGACUGAGCCGGUGAGCGACUGCGGGAGUCCACUCACUGGCUACAGGUUGUACCGAAACGGCAAGCUUGUGAGUCCUUUGUCGAACGGAAUCACAGUCCAACCAAGCGUCGUGGACUACUCGAUUUCUCAGCAUGAAGUGACGAUGUCGUUUUCAGUGGAGAAAGCGGGACGAGCGUGGAUUAACGUUUUGAAUCCGGAAGACGUGGCAAAGCAGUCGAUUGCGACCAUCAAAAACGGCACUGACGCUUUAGGGUUGAGCACUUGCAAAAGGCUAGAGGGUGGAACGAUGGUGGUGAACCAAGGAGCGAACACGAUCACUCUGACAAACUGCAACUUCCCUGUGAAUGACAAGACACCGGAUGUCGGUCGAAUCUUCACUGUUUUGCUCUACGUCGAAGGCAGGAAAGGCUUGGAUGAUGACGGCGUGAUGUCCUCGCCGUUGAAUUUCACUGUCUCAAGACCAACUGCGAGCUUCGUCAGGCCUGUCGCUUUGGCGGGUAUUAACAAGCACAACGUCACAGUCAUGUUCGAAACCAGCAUGAGUGCCGGUCUCUACUGGCUCAACGUCGUGGUGAACACGAACCGACCACUUUUGACGGUUACGACCCUGAAACAAGGCAAGUUCGCAGAAGGAGGAGUCGAGUGCGCAGUGCCCGGUCGUCCAGUGUACGGCAACAUCUACCACAGUGUGCACUUGACCAACUGCCAAUUGCGUGGUGACACUACUUACUACGUCAUCGUCUACGUGGAAGACAGAGGAACUACACAUCAGAAAGGGACAAUGCACGCACCUGUGCCAAUGUUGGUACCACCUAGCAACGACUUCCGCAUUGUCCCGAAAAUAGUUGGCGACGUUGUUGCACGACAACCAGAAGGCAGUGACGUCACGGUCGAGUUCGGUGCGGCUGCAGCACCAGCGGAGGUCUUUGUUGCUAUCUAUGUCGCCGAUUACGGACAUGGAGUGACGAAGACCAAAGUGCGAGACGGUCGUGACGCUCUGUGCGCUGGAUCAAGGAUCUUGAUGACAACGGGGUUUUUGGACACUGCAACAGUCAGCAACUGCCCUCUUGAGUCUAGCACAUUGUACAAGGUCUACGUCUACAUCGAGUGGGAGACCAACCCUGCUGCUUCUGCGGAUGGACGUCUCUAUUUCCCGAUCGAAAUCGUCACAAAUAGUCCUUAUCUGACCAACUUCUUCACUUCUGCUCCUUAUUUUGACACGCAGAAAGCGGCUGCUGACGUGUCUCCAACAAACGUGCGUUUUUACUUUGCUGCGAACAACACUGGUUUGCUUUUCGCUGGCUUGCGGGAUAAUCCACCGAGUGACGACACGUGCGGAGCUUUGGACUUGAGCCCGGCUCUUUUCAAACAAGAUGUUCCACCAUUUCUGUGCGGCAAGUACGCUCACAUGAUCACGGAGGCUAAGCAGAUUACAGCCGUGGACUUGGAAAACUGCAAUCUAGAAGGUGGCAAAGCCUACGAACUCUACGUCUACGUCGAAGAUCACAAUAUGGUUGCGAACUACUAUGCUGGGACUAUGAGUGACGCAGUUCGGGUGGAUAUUCCGUUCUCGAACGCGUUCGGUGGUGCAGAAGUAGUAGAUAGGCAAAGAAGCGCCUCUACGACGAAGUCGCACGAUAGAACCGCAACAGCUGACGGAGUAGGCUUUGCUGUGACAGUGUCAAAGAACGGUCGUGGUUGGGCAGCGAUUUUUGACAGUAGCAGAGUUCCGACAGUGGAUGUUCAGGCAGUGAAAAGCGGUAGUUUCGCAGUUGGUAGUGCAGCUACGUGUCGUAUCUCUGGCGUAGCGGUGAAUUCAUCCUACGUCGACGGAGGAGGAGACAUGUCAAGUUUGGUGGCCGUGUCAGAUGAUGGCGUAACAACUAUCAACCGAACUUUAUUGACAACUGAUCAGGCCGUCUACAACUGGACCCUUACCGGUUGUUCUCUCACACGACAAAGGAGUUACUCCUACUACCUGUACGUAGAAGACAAUCGAGGCCAGAACGACGGAACACUCUUGGGACCGAUAGCUCUUCCCUUGCGUGACCAUUCCAACUACUUCUUGACAGAUCAAGAUUACGGCGCACCGUAUCUCAAGUCCACGCCAGCUACGACAGACGUUUCGUUCGGCUUCACGGCAGAGUAUGAUGGACUUUUGUGGGUCCUUGUCUACGAGGACACGACCUACACAGGUGAUUGCACAGUAGAUGGAGGUCCGUCGAUUUCUGCUGGUCCUAUUUCUGGUAAUGACAACAUUCCGUCUUUCUUGUGGUGCAAGGAGUCCCUGAAAGUUGGCGGUGGGUCACCAUUUUCAACAGCAACGUCUACUACGAUCGGCGUUAGUACUAGUGCUACUAGUUCUAGUAUCUAUUCUAGUAGUGGAGCUUUAGUCGCUGGCGUGGAUCUUCAAAACACCACUGACACAACUGGAACGACUGUGGGAUAUCCAUCUUCUGCGCAGAAAGCGAUAGGAAUCAAAGUCACGUCUUUAGAAGCCGGAUUCGCUUUGGUCCCAGUAGGUCGUCAAGACAACAUCACAGUCACUGCAGGCGUGACUGGACGCGUGGACAUCACAGGAGUUUUCGAACAGGGCAAGAAAUAUGUGGCGUUCUUCUAUAUCGAGGAUACCCUUGGUCUGAAUGACGGUUCGAUUACUGCUGUCCGCGGUAUCGAAAUUCCAACUGAUGGCAUAGCCUCAAUUGCUUUCAACUGCUACCCCUAUUUGCAAAGUACACCCACCAACAACGGUUUUGAUUUCAAAGUCGCUGCAAAUGAAUCUGGAUUGCUUUGGGCUCUGUUGAUGGAAGAGCGGCACGCAAUGAUGCUACCAAACGCGCCAUGGAACACGCCAGUCACGGCGGAAGAUGUCAAAUACAGAGCAGGCAAAUUCGCACCAGUUGCCGGCGGUGGUGGGAUUGCGACUUGUUUCUUGGAUGCGGUGCCUGUCUUAGCAAUUGCGCGCCGGUCAGGAGAUCAUAGUAGUGGAUUUGCUUCUUUGAGUGUGACGGGCUGUGAUCUAGAUGCGGAUACGCGAUAUUCGGCUUUCGUGUACAUCGAAGCACAACAGCAAGACGCGAAUAAUAGUACUGUCAAUGGUACUCUGGCGCCGAGCUUCACCGUCAUUUUGCCGAGUUCCAACAAGUUGUGGCACUACCAUGUGACUACGAUCCCAACAUAAGGCUCAGCUUUCAAUGGUCACCAUUUAGAUUGGAGUCACUGAGAUCGAAGAGGCGACCCCUCGAGAGAACAGGGGAAAACGAAGGGAAAGGGAAGAGCUUUGAAGGGGGGCCCCUUCCGUUCAGAGUCAGUGACCAUUGAAUGCUGAGCUUUAACCAACGUACAGUAAAAGUGCAGGAACCAAUCUCGAGGUCAUGGUGGGUGCCGAACAAGCAGGACAAGUCUGGGUGGCUGCUUUUCCCAUGAGUGCCUUCGUCGAGGCUGCUGCGAAGAUGAGUCUAGGGAAUUAUUCACCGACAACGAGCAGAAGACGUUUGUCUGGAGUGGAGGGAGAGGGUCUCGAAGAAGAAAUAAAUAUCGCAACUCCAAAAGGACGCUUUUCUCCUCGUUCCUUAAACGAGUUGAGCAUCCUAGCAGAACAAGACGGCAAAAGAAGAAAACUGCAGUAUUCCUACGGAGGCGGCAGCACUUCCACCGGUGGCAGUGGAGUGACAGCGGCUGCAGCAGGAUCGACAGGGACAGCUGUCACCACUUCAGCAUAUUCAGGAACUACUAGUGUUGCUUCUUCCAGUGCGACAGGUGCCGGCUUCUCGGUGACUACAAGCACGUUUUCGUCUGCCGGUCUUUCGUCUUCUGAUACAAGCUCUGAGUCAGCAGAGCCCACUGUUUUCAUUUCCGGCAUGGCUCAAACGCUCUCCGCGACUGUUGACUACGCUACAGUGGCGUAUGGCGGCACUGCAACUGCAUCUUCUAUUACCCCUGCCACCGCUUACAUGAUGACCGCGGCGCCGACUUUAUCAUUAGCGUCCGCUUUCGGAGAGUACAGCUAUGAUGACGCGCAGUUCUCUAGUGCAUCGACUACCACAACCGUUGCACCAGUGUACGCCUUACUUGACUUUCGACUCCCCGUGUCGCAAAUCAAGAGCGGUGAAGGCGCUUUGUGCGUUUCUACCGUUGGAAACUAUACGUCUACAGCCCAACAAGGGCACAACAUCUCUCGCACACCUGGCUUAGACACCAUGCUGCAAUUGACCGCAGAACGGGCUCCUUUGCCGGAUCAUAGUUGGGUUCCUAUGCAUGCAGCUACGAUGGCGGAUAUGGCGAGUGGACCUGCUUAUUUGACUUUGAACCUGAUCAACUGCAGCAUCUCAACAGGUGAACCUUAUGGAGUCGUCUUCUACGCUGAAGGAGUCAACAACGCCUCAGAUGGAUCCCAGUACUACUUGCGAGCAAUCACGCCAGUGAGCAACAGCUUCACGAUCAAUCCUUAUGCCGUUUCGGCAGUGUCUGCGAACGGAGUAGACGUGCAGAUUGCCGUGACUCGACUCGGUUCAUUGGGCGGCUCGAUUUGGGCGUUCAUCGUGAACGAAGCGACCUAUUUGAGUGGUGCGCCGGCAGCGUCGAAAGCUGCUGCUAAGUCUCUGAGUGGGGCACAGGGUACUAGCAACUGUCAACGAAGUGGCGAGUUGAUCUCUGACACUUUAGUACAAUUGGUCGGUUGCAACCUGCGAAAAGGCGAGACCCAUUACGUCUACGUUUACGUCGAAGAUGAUCAGAACAACGACGACGGCACCUUGGCCCCAGCGCUGCCGAUCUACGUCCCUGCGUCGAAUUUGUUCACGGUGCCUGCAUAUCUGAAGUCCACACCCAUAGCGGAUGGGGUCCAAUUUAGGUUUGUGGCUUCCGAAGUGAGUGGCAAACUCCAUGCAGCCGCGAUUAGUGACGCUGAUUACCAACUACGACUGGCGAAUGAUUCCAUGACCAACACAACAGCUAGCUUGGCGGAAACAGUGGUAAGCCUAGCUCAAUCGGGCGGCACGAGUUACAACUUCCAAGGGUGCUUCCUCCAUGGCAUUGCCAUUGACACUUCUGUUACCACACAAGCAGUUACCGGAUGCAACUUCUUGCCCUUCACAGACUAUCAUCUCUUCGUGUACAUCGAAUCCGCGACCUCUGCAGGACUAAACGACGGAAGUCUAGCAAUAUUGCCGAUCAACAUUGGUCCGGGUUAUAGGAGUAACUACUUUUUGUCGAAUCCUGUGGUCGAUACAACUUGGCUAGAUUUCUCCUAUGACAAAGUCUAUUGGUCCAUCGGAACAGCCGCUGAAGCAGGCUACAUCUGGGCCAGUGUCGUGUCCGAAGACGCCAUUGCAGACAUCACCACAUCGGGAGAAGUGAAAGCCGGCAAGUACUCUCAUGGCGGGAAAGAGUGUAAAGUUAACCGAGAACUGCACUUUUCCCAAACUUUGAUGUUCGGGGUACAGGAUUAUUACACGAAGGUGUUCAGGGAGUGCGAGUUGGUGAUGGAGAGGACGUACUACUUGGUGGUUUACGUAGAGGACAUCCUAGAGCAGAACGAUGGAACGAUUGCGUACGUGAAAUUCACAGUUCCGACAACGACUUUGCCCUACGAAGCAGACCCAUUGGUCUUGAAAGGCACAGACAAUCAAUUCACUGGUGUGGUGCCAGGUGCGAGACACGUGUAUCAUGUUCGUGGUGUGAACGACGCGGGAGUUGGUAUGCCGAGUGGUAAGUCAGACUCGGUCUACAAUGCGGCGCCGCCAUCAACACCGUUGCCUCCUGUAGUAACGCACAAAAGUCGUACUAGCGUGAACCUGAAGUGGGAGCCACCAUAUUCGGGCGGUUUGCCGGUUGUUUACUACAUUUUGUACAUGGCGCAACAAGAGGUGAUCGAGCACGUAAACCCACGAUCUGGGGCUCCGAGUCAGGAUACGUAUAACAACUUCCACUUUCAAGCGCCUUACUUCUACUAUCACGCAGACGGAGCAAGGUUUGUGCAAGUGUAUCACGGCAGCGACCCAGAGUACAGUCGAUCGGGGCUGGUGCAAAACGCACAGUACCGGUUCCGAGUCAGGGCGGCUAACGCUGUAGGCGUCAGCAAUGUUUCCGAUAUUGUGAAUGUGACUUUAUGCGCACGACCUACACCACCACGCCAUGUGCGGAUUCAUUCGCGCUCCGGUACUCUGAUCAAAAUCCGAUGGGAUGAGCCUGAGGACACUGACGGCUGUCCUGUAGUCACUUAUCGUUCUCGCGUUGACGGGAUCCUACAGAAUGAAACCAUGGCUCGGAGGCACUGGAUCGAUCCUGCCGUGCUAGAUACGGCUUACACAUUUGAAGUUCGUGUACGCACAGAAGGAGGCACAAGUGACUGGACAACACCGAUCAUGAUCAUCGCUGGCGAGUCACCUGGUGUCAUACCGUUUACACCAACGGUUUUAGCUUCAGACCGCACUUUUGUCUCCUUGCAGUGGCCAGCAGCUUCGCAAUACAGCUUGGGCGGUUUGCCUUUGCUGUUCUACCGAAUCUACGCGAGAGUCAACAACACGCAGAAUUAUACGUACAACGACACUCCGACAGCGAGUGAUCUAUCGAUUACGUUAUAUGCGAAUUAUUCGCAAGGGCAGAGCGGGACAGGACCUAACGGCACUGACAUUCCAGGCGCCCUCGAGACUGGCACACUCUACUGUUUUGCUGUGGCAGCUAUGAACAAUAUCAGCGCGAUCAACAAUUUGAACGACCAACCACCCAACUUCUCGCCUGAGAAAUGCGCUUGGACGGCUGUCGUACCGGAUCCACCGAUUGCGGCGGUGUUUAACAGGUCUGUCUUAGAGCGUGUACAGGUGACUUGGCCAGACCCUGCAAAUAAUGGAGGCACAGACAUCGAUUUCUACGAAGUUGCGGUGCGCUAUCCAGCGGCAGCGGGUCUAGGAACUGGCUUCGUAGUUGUGGCUUUGAACAAGUUCGUCGACAAGGAGUACUGGCUGCAGAACUGCAUGGUGGGUGAAUACUACGGUUUCCAGUUCCGAUCGCAUAGUCCAGUUGGGUAUGGGCCUCAUUCGAGCGAGUUCAUCACUCAAUGUGCGUCAACAACGGAACGACCAGCCGCGCCAACCAGAGUUUCGUCUUCGACCGAAUCGAUCGGCAUUCAGUGGCAACACCCAGUGAAAAACGGUGGCCAAAUCAACUCCUACCGCUUAUUCCGUGCCUUAGGAGACGGACGUGGGAGCAACGCCAGUGAGUUCAUCUUGAUGCAGGAUCGCAAUGAGACGUCAGCGAUUUUCACACCCGUUGUAGCUGGCCAAGAAUACCUGUUCAAAGUUCAGGUUUACAACUCAGUCGGCUAUUCCGAAAUCUCGGACGUUUUGGCGAUCACAGCAGCUGGCAUUCCUUCUCAAGUUCGAAGUGUCUCGUUCGAUAAUAUGGGCUACGAGUCGGCAACGAACAUCAGCUGGCUUCCUCCAGCGACUGACGGUGGCAGUCCAAUUUUCCAGUAUAUCAUCUACUAUGGCCUCGUAGGCGAGCAAGAACCAAUCGACCGGCUCUUGUGGCAAGGGACAACGACUUCCACAGGAUUGCUUCCGUUCAGUAGUGGUGUGUGCUAUCAGUUCCAAAUCUUCGCGCAGAACGCGAUCACUGAGGCGUUUGGUAUCCGUAGUCCAUCGUCGGAUACGAAACAGUGGUGCUCGGCAGUGAAGCCCUCGUUGAUCACUUUUACAGUGAUCGAUAGUGAUGUCGGCUCCCUCACCCUGAAAUGGGAACCUCCUGCACUAUCUGGCGGAGCUUACAUCUUCGCCUACAACAUCUACGUUUACGCGCAGGAAGGUGGUAGCGUCUCCGAUGCGGAUGCAUUGCGGUUUUCAGGGCUGACGUUCGAACAGAAAGUGACUGAGCUGGCGACGAACUUCCCCUAUUUUGUAGAAGUGCGUGCCCAAACAACCGCUGGUGAGUCGCCAUCAAAUGCGAUUGCAGUCGUGGUGUGCGACAAACCAGCCACAGUGUCGAACUUCACGAUUUUAGAACGCUCGGCUGCUAGUACGAAAUUCUCGUGGAUAAUGCCAACGCAAUUCGUGUAUUGCCCCAUUCUUGGAUACAGCAUUUUCACUGGUCUGUCGGCUAAUAGCUUCACGAAGAUCGGGCAGUUAGAGGGUAAAACCUCAACUGCUUUCGAGUACCAUCAUGCAGUGCCAGGCGUGGGCCGUUACUACAAAGUCGUCGCAGACAACUUCCAAACUCGCAAUUUCUUCCAGUUGGGCACUACAUCCAGCGAAAUUCUCUUUGCUUACACAGCUGGCGCGCCUGCACCACCAACGGGACUGAGUCUGGUGAGCAAAGAUCUGACAACGGCUUCCUUGAGUUGGACAGCACCCACUGACAACAGUGGUUCACCAGUCACAGGUUACUACGUGCAAAAAGACGAUGGCAGGAACGUAGGAGGCAGAACCUACAUCGACGCAUUGUCUUCGGGUGAAGCUUUACCGACUACCACGACUUACACUGUCACUUCGCUCCUGACUGGUUUUACGUACAAGUUUCGUGUCGCUGCAGCCAGUGUCGUGACGACGAGCAAUCAACGCGCCGAUGCUUAUCCAAGGUUCUCAGACCCGAUUUCAGUUGUGAUCGGUCGCGCGCCGUCGCAGAUGGCAGCGCCAGUGGAAGUUCCUGGAACGCGAACCGCAACAGGCUUGGCUGUGCGUUGGAGGGCACCAACUGACUUUGGUGGACAAGUUUUAGAAGCUUAUCAUCUCUUCCGUGAUGACGGCAUUAGCGGUAAUGCGAACAUUCUAAUCACAACCACUGCAGUCAGCGUUCUAGAGUUCACUAUAACCGGUUUAACCCCAGGAGCUCAAUACAGUUUCGGCGUAACAGCAGAAAACGCAGCCGGCGUCAGUAUCUUAUCGCCAUUGCUGACUGUUUUCGCGGGUCAAGGACCGGAGGUGCUCUAUGCGCCUCAACGUGAUACCAGCAUUCGUACUAGUGGUGUCCAGAUCAAUCUCAAAUGGCAAGCUGCAGAUAUUUCGAAGUCUAACAAGGGAGUGCAGUAUUACCGGUUGCUGAGAGAUGACGGCUUGUACGGGGAUUUUGUAGAAGUCGGAACAACUACUUUCCUGAACGAAACUGUCGGUUCUCUUGUCGGAAGUCGUUACUAUCGCUUCGUUGUGCAAGCGAAAAACGAAGUUGGGUGGGGCCCUUUCAGUCCAGUGUACCGUAGUCAAGUGUGCGGACAGCCGCAGCAUCCAGAUACUUUUGAAUUUGCAGAGUACUACGACACUGCAGUUCUAUUACGAUGGACCAAGCCAAGUGACGGCGGCUGUUCGAACCCCACGCUGACGAAGUACGAAAUCUUCAUGCGGAACGUGGACACCAACGGCGACUACACAAAGAUUUACAAAGGCGAACCAACGCAGCUGUUCUUCAACCAGACGGGUUUGACUGCGAAUGUGCGAUAUCAGUUCCAGAUUCGUGUGUUCAACUUCGAUCAAGCGUCAACAGUUUGGCCGGAUGAUCGAAUUUUACUAGCUGGCGCUCUGCCGCAGAAACCUGGGAAUCCAUACUUUGUAGUUGCACCUCUGGCAACUACGAUCCAAAUGGCAUGGGCCAAACCGGUUUCCGCUAUACCGAUCUUAGGCUACCGGGUGUACACCGACGACGCGCAGUUUGCUGCGAUCGGGACUCUGAAGGGCAGGACGGCUGGAGAGGAAGCAACGAACUUGACUUUUACUGGCCUGACUGCGGGUGCGAAGUAUCGUGUGCAAGUAGAAGCUGAAAACGCCAACGGCUAUGGUCCUCGGUCGGGUGUCACGGAGUUCUACGCCAGUUUGUCGCCCAACGUGCCGGCGUCGAUCUCGUACUACAACAGCACGAAGGGGAGCGUUUUCGUACAGUGGGAACAACCUGUACUGCACACUGUGAACGACGAUGCGCCGUUUUCGAGUUACAAUGUGGCUUGGCAGAAUACCAACGGUGCAGACGGUAGUGCGAUCACCGCGGAACAGGUCUUCACGAUGCUGCCUUCAGAGCGUUUUGCUAGUCCACCAUUAGCGCAAAUUAUGGGCAACUACGGGAAUUUCACGACCUCAUCUUUGGUCACCUACAGAGUGCAGGCGUGUACGGUGAACACGUGUGGACCGUAUACGGAUCCUCUGACUUUACUGCCAGCGGGCAUCCCGGGACAGCCGAACAAGCCUUUUGUAAUGAGCACGAUCACGCAAAGCGUGGCACAGUUUGGUGUGCCACUGUCCUGGGCACCUUUUACUUCGAUCGAUACGGGUGUCGAGGCCUACGCAUUUGCAGUCUACAGUUCGAAGAACAUGACCAGUCAGGACCACUUGGAGUCUUACACUUUGCAUGGAAACGCAUUUGGCACCACUAGCUACAACUUCACCUGUGUCAGCGAGGAAAAUUACUUCGUGAAAGUGGCAGCAAUCAAUGGAGCUGGUGGAAAUUACUCAACUGAUUCAGGUUCUCCACUUUACACAGCCAACCUAGGACCCUUUUCGCAUCCACUCCACGUUGUCUGCGUCGACCGACCUUUAACGCCACCUCCUCCUAGCAUUGUGACAACACAAUCUACGUUAGCUGUGAUGUUGUUCAAACCGAAUUCUACGCAGCUAAGAACAGCCACACAUGUCGGAUGGGAGAUCAAGAUCGACGACUUGGAUGAUGGAACGACCGAUCGCUUCUGUUUCACAGCCACUGACGUGAUUGCGGAUCGCUUUUCCCUGCCGACAACAAACACCACAACUACAACCGCAACCAUGUUCGAUCACUCAUUGGCGAACCUGUAUGCGCCAAACUUGAGUCCGAUUUAUAUUUUGGACAGCGCGUUUGUUGUCUCAAAUUUGCAGGCGACAGUCAUGGCAGCCGUCGCCACCGAUGCGCAGAGCACAUUGGAGGCGCCUAGUUAUCAGUUCUCUAGUUCGGGAGGCGCUGUGUCGAACUCCAGACCGGGAACAUACGAGUCCUACAGUGCUUACUAUCUGCGUGCGUUGUCAACCUUAGCGGCUCAUCCGAGUUCGACACCGAUGGACUUGCCAGGAAUCUGGCUUAGGGCAGCGGAGGAAGAGCUCGGCAUAAGGCGGAAGUUGGGCAGAGCGGACAUCUCUGAGAUAGCUAAAACGAGGGAUGCUCAACAAAGUUCAUCUUCGCUUGAGGAUAGCAGUGAUACGUCUACGAGUACUACGAGAAGAGAUCUGUUAGAAAGCAGCUCUUCAGCGGACUUGCUGAUCAAACCAGGACCAACACGAAAUCUCAUGCUCUACGGAUCUACUGAGGGGCCAGGAGGUGGAUAUACAGUGUCUGGGUUCGCCAGAUCUGCAUCCUCGGCGACAACAAUCACGCGUCUUUUGCAAGAAAACGAAGACACAGUGAAUGCCUACGAGUAUGAAUCUGCGCUCCGACGCUCACUUGCUUUACUUUACCCACAUCCUUCGCUAUUUGUUGUUUACCCUGGUCAUCGGUACACAGCUACGAUUCGAUUAUGCAGCAAUAUGGGCUGUUCCGAUGCGUCACCUGACAGUGCUAUUACCUAUGCCGCCGAUUCGCCUGGUGCAGUUGACAGCCUAGCGGUGUUUGAGUCUAAUGACACGCAUAUUUCCUUCUCUUGGGAUUUCGUCAACGGAUCAGCGAAUGGCGCACCGUUGACAGGUUUCUGUAUCUACGCCAGUCAGAUGCCUCUGUACACGCCUUCGACGACCACGGUGAAUACGACGGUUAACAACGUCACGACGGAGUCGCAAGUUACCUUAUUCCCGAACGCCGCUUGCGAAACAUGUGGCGCAAAAUCGAAGAUCGAUAUUGGUGAUCCGAACUCCAGAAAUUACACAUUUAGCUGCGUCGAGGGCGUUUUCAACGGAUCGGAGAAGGUGUUUUUCUUCCAGGUGGCAGCAGAGAACCAAAACGGUAUCGGAGAUCGCGGUGAAGUCCUCACAAGACGCUGCUCAGCGAAACCGGAUCAGCCUGCUGCGCCGUUGUUUAUCUCGACAGAGUCGAACCAGUCACAGACUUUUGGCUUCACAGUACCGGCGUUGCAUUCGGAAUUGCUCGUGAGUAGUCAGAUGUAUCGCGCAGGACCGGUUUCGGUGGAUAGCACAACUUACAGCCUACAUGCCAGCACGACAGACGUGAUGAAACGAACCUUCGCCUCCACUGGCAUGGUUCCUGGCGAGUUGUACAGGUAUUACAUCACCGUGACCUCGAAAAUUGGAGAGUCAGUUGCUAGUCCUUUCCUAGAGAAAGCAGCUGGAGCUUUACCAACUACUGGCACGAUAUCUUUCGUAAGCGCCACGAAUAACAGCGUAAGAGUGCAAAUCACUCUGCCUAGUACCUGGCCGGGAACCGGAGGCGCGAACUUGACGGAGUACAAGUUCUUUACUUCAUCUGAUGGGGUGACGUUCGAUUACGACAGUCCGAACGAAACUGUAGCUUUACCCUCUUUUAUCGCAGACUACAGCAAUUUCUACUACACGCGAGACGAAUGCACUACUGGGGAGUGGCAGUAUUUUCGACUACAACUGAGGAAUCUAGUAGGCAUCGGAGGAGUGAGUGACACCUUCCAAUUCCGCUGUUCCGCGCCACCAGCAAAACCACAGGCGCCUACACUGGUAGAGGCGACGAAAACGAGUAUCAGUGUAGCGGUAGAGAGGAUCGAUAGUGACUUCUUAAACUUGGCGAAGCAUGUCAAAUACGUUUUUGCAAUAGAUGAUGGAGCUGGAGGUGCGUUUACCAGCUACGACGUGUUUGACGAGACAGCGAGAACCUAUAAAUUUGUAAAUUUGACGACGGGAAAUGCUUACCGCUUCACGGUGCAAGUGUUUUCAGACGCGCCAGGUCAAUCUCCCGUGUCGGACAUUGCAACCUACUACGCUGCCACGAAUCCUUCUGCGCCUUUGAAUGUGGUGAGGACAACAAGCACUCAGACUAGUGUUUCGGUUAUUUGGACUGCGCCAGCAGAUAAUGGAGGCCUACCGAUUACUAGCUACAACGUCUACGCCGCUUUUGCUAGGUACGACUAUACCGACAACGCGACGAGUUAUUACCCUUACCAAGGGGUGGCGCCAGCGAUCUACAGCAGCACACCUUUGGCGACUGGUGUUGGUACGACCACCUUCACAGUUACCGACUGCGGAGUAGCAAAUUAUGGCGGCAGUGUCUGGCUCAAAAUCGCAGCAUCGAGCUUGAACGGUCUAGGGGAUAUGAGCGAAGGCAGGCGGUUCAUCUGUGCUCCCUUGCCUGGCGCUCCGUCGGCGCCGACGUGGGUUAGUUCGACGACUUCGAGCGUUUCGAUCGCCUAUAAGAUGGAUGCAGAAACGUACAACGUGACUGCAACAGGCUACGCUUUGUAUCAUAACGACGGUUUGGGUGGCACGACUUACACACGACUAGCUUUGGAGUUCGAUACGAAUCCUGUGAGCUUCACUUUGGACAAUUUAGGCUCUGCCAACGGUCGACUGUAUAAGUUCAGAUUAGCUGUGGUAGCGGAAGUCGGUGAAGGUGCGCAAUCUGGUAUUCUAGAAGCCUACGCAGGAAGUCCAGCUGGUGCUCCAGCUGCUGCAACUCGUGUUAGUAGUUCCUUCGAUUCCGUCGAUUUCCAAUGGGUAUCUCCAGGAUCCAGCCAGAGCGGUUUACUAGUAACCGAAGUCCGCGUCUUUACCAGUUCGGACCCUUAUUUCUUCAACGCGACACCGGUUGCGACGUAUCCCUACGGAACGACAACGCACACACAGUUGUGCGAAUCCGUGGCGGGUCCUCAGUGGACCGUGAAUACGACAAAUGUAGUGCAAUUAUCCGGAGGAGUCAACCUUUCGAGUCAUUUUCCGUAUGGAAGUGACUACAACUCGAACUUGGCAGCGAUGGCAAAUUUGACGCAGACGGCGCUUGAUAGUAUUGAACUAACUCUUUGAUGAUUCGAUUUCGAUCCGUUUUCUUCGUUUACAUAAAACUUUUUUCUGCAGCAUUGCUUGACAGCGGAACAUUUCAGUUUUCGACACUACACUUAUUUCAUCCAGGUACACUUCUCUACACCCUCGAAGGCGACCAAGCUGAUCUAACCUUCGUCAAUUACAACCUUACUGGCAAAUACGUCUAUGUGCGUACGCAAGUGGUCACUCUAGAUUUUUUCUACGGAGCCUUUUCUCCAGUAGUCGGCUUUUUCUGUGCUCCUCCACCUACUGCGCCAACAGUCUUCGAGGAUCUAGCCGCGACAAGCGGGACACAAGUCGGCAUUUACUGGAACCCUGGCAACAACUUUGGCGCUAGAACAGUGCAAUACAAGGUCUUUGAUGCGAAUACGAAUGCUUUGCUAGCAACUUUGAACGGUGGCUCCGGCAAGACCCCAGAAUUUGUGCACACAACUGGCGUCACGGCAACGCAGACCUACUCAUUUCAGGUGUCCACUGUGACUGAAGUAACCGAAGGACCGAAAAGCACUGCUGUUAGCGUAGUCGCGUGUGGUGCGCCGAAUGUGAACACCACAGGACCAACAUUGCAAGCGGGUCACAAAGUCUUGAAUAGUUCAACAAACACUUACACCGCACGGCUGGACAACUACAAUUUGACGCUCGGAUGGGCUGACGUGUUUGACACUGGAGGUUGUCCAGUGACGGAAUAUCGCGUGUACAGAGAAACAGAGACGGCAACGACAGCUGUGGUACCAUACAAAAACGAAACGAAUACAACGACAAACGUGACAACUUUGAUAUCAUUGACGUUUAACGGCGAGACCAGCACCUUUGCGGAUGUGACGGCAGACGGGACUGUUAGGUACUUGAGAGUUAUAGAUGGAAUUGGAAAUCGGUUGGUUUCUUUUCUGAAGUUCUUACAGGAGAAUUUAUUAAAAUUGAUGUAUUAGGAAUUCUAUUUUCAACUCUUGAUAGAGGCUUUUCACAUUUCCGAUAUGAAUCAUGAUGAUGAUCGUAACAAAUUCCCAAAUCAAACCAGCCUCAGCGACCGUACCUUCAACUACGAGACGAACACGAUUUCUGCUGGUGAAGUGUACACAUUCCGCGUUGGUACCAAAACCUCCAAGACUUCAGUUGGUACAACCUUUGGCCCACCUAAAGAAAUCAAAGCCGCUGGUUUACCUGGGCAAAUUUAUGGUCAACAUUUAGUGUCGAUCAUUCUCGGCAUCUUGGUCCCCUUUUGUUCCCCUGUAUUCUUCUCAUGAAAAGUACAAGGCAAAAGGGAAAAGCCCAAUGAAAGGGACCCGGCCGAGAUGCAAUCUAGCAGACUCUAACAAAUCACCGCCGCACCAACCCGCGACGCCUCUGCAGGCACCACAACAUCUUUGUUACUGCAAUGGACUGCGCCAGAUAACAAUGGAGGAUACUUAUUCGGUUUCACAGUCUACAGAGAUGGUGCUUUGGAUGACACAUGCGGGAUGGAAUCGGAUCCGACGCCGCCUUUGCAGUGUACAAUCACAGGACUGACGGCAGGACAGAGUCAUAGCUUUCAGGUGUUGGCUACGAAUGAAGCGGGUGCGGGUCCGUUAUCACCUGCAGCAAGUUUUGUGAUCGGAACUGCGCCAGCGGCAUAUAAUUUGGCAGUGAGGGAUGGAAAUUGGAAUCCAGUUACUUUCGUGGUGACUUGGAACGGAACGGAUAAUGGGUACUGAUAGAAAGAUCAAGAUUUGUUCCUUUAUCAGGUACUAGGGAGCUAAAGUUUAGUCAUUGCGAUCGCUCAUAACAGGAACAGUAAUUGAGGCUCAACUUAUUUCACUGGUCACUGAGGUUGGCCACUGAGAUCGACGAGAGGGCCCCUGGAGAGAACGGGGGAAAAUGAAGGGAAAAGGGGGAGCUUUCAAGGUGGUCUCUUCCGUUCCGCAUCAGUGACCACUGACUGCUGACCUUUGAAGUACUUAAGUACUUACUUACUUCUGGUUUAUUUUUUGUUAAUUCUGCUCAGACAGAUUUCAUCGUUCUCCCCUCAUCCACUCAUCACAGCGCCUCGAUCUUCAAUUUCGAUUUAGAAGUCGAGGACAUCGCCGCAUCCACGACUGAGAUCGUCUCUAUGGGUGGCACCAGUGGCUCACCUUGGUCUCUCGCUACAGAACCGAUCAAGACCUUAGCCGCUUCUGACUUCUCCACCUUGAGCUUCGUUGCUUCCAAAGAGUACCGCGUCAGAGUAAGAGCUACCAACAGCUUUGGAACUGGCAGUUUUACGUCUUAUUCGUCUAGUAUUUGGACGUUGACGACGCCGCAACCACCGUCCAAUUUCGAACAAGGCAAUACGCCAGCACUCAACACAACUCUUGCUUUGCGGUUCUCAGCGAUGGCCUCUUCGCAAGCCGAUCGUGGCGGAUCUUCUGCGGCAGAGAUGAGCUACUUCAUCGAGGGGGACCAAGUAGAUGGACUGCAAAGUACAGUAGUGAAAACCUUCAGUCCUGGUGAUUGUGUCAGCGCCACCUGUACCUGGGAUCACGAGACUUUGGUGGCGAAUGCGACCUGGUACUACCGCAUCCGAUCGAAGAACCUGUUCUACCACUCAGCGUACAGCUCAGUGGUAACGGGGACGGUGGACAGGUAGCGCAUGGACAGGUAGCGCAUGGACAGGUAGCGCGAAAGAGGAAUAGUGGAAGAGAGAUGGUAGUGCAUGGGUGAACAAAUGGGAAGCCAUGAACUUCUCCUGGUGGAUAUCGAGGAAUAGUACUUCGCAGAUAGUACUCCGCUUUAGUUAGUAGCUCUUCUUCUUUUACCUUGAUGUUCGGUUCAUGUGAAGAUGCGAGAAGUAGGACACCAAACUGAUGUACGCAGAGUUAUUACAAUCACGACCACCACCAGAAAAAAUGAAUAUGGUGUUGCAUCUUAAUAUCAGAGAAAAAGAACAAGAUAGAGUCAUUACAAUCACGAUUACAAUCAGAAGGUAUUCUGUAACCCAGAAGAACGAAAUUAACAUCUAGGGGGGUGCUACCUAACGCGCAACCUUAGUUCUAUUAUUUCCCGCCUCCCGGCCCUUGAGAUGUAGGAACAGUACUAUCGCAGGAUGAAAUUACUUAUGCGGAGCCCGCAGCCCGGUGGUGUUUUUUUCAGAUAACAAUGGAAUGUUGAGCCGCAUGUUAUUGGUGUGUAUCGACCCAAAGAUCAGACCUAAAUGACUUCUCCGGUUGUAUCUUAUAUAUUUUCGACGUAGAAUGUUUGUUCAAAACAAAGAAAUGAAGACAUUUGUACAAACUAGUAAGAAUUCAUCUGAAAUUACACACCUGCUGGAUAUUACAUCCACCUAAGAACGAAAUGGCUACAUCAGGAUUAUUACCAUGCAGUACAGAAACAGAUCUUGAACACUCUCCCACGUCGCAUCUCGCUCCUGGACAGUAUUGUUUUUAAUCUUGAGCCAAGAGGCUCGUUGAUAUCACUUUUGUACAUGUGGAAUCUCGUGCAUCUUCAUAUCAUCACCCUUGAUUUCCUGUCUCUUACUCUGUUC